CAGCCAUUACCGAGUACCGCGUACGGGGUGUGCUUACGCAACGGAGAUAUUCUAUGUCCAAAUAAAGAAAAGGCUUGUUAUAUUGGCGCCGAGUCGUCCUCGACGCGUUCGAGAUAGAACCUGGAUGAUAUAAGUAGCCCAACUGGUGAACCUCCCAGUCAAAACUACCCUCCCCGUUCCAGCAACGAUGGCAUGAUGCAAUCUGCAUCCUUUCAUCAACCACAUUUCUCUCCCUCAUGCGGCUGAGAACUCACCUCCUUUACCGCCAUUUUCAGCAUCCUCGUUGUAGGAUGUCAACCUUUACUCUUCCUAAUACCAAACCUCCUGUGACCGUCCAGUUGGCUCCGGAUGUAACUGAGAGCCAACUUCUUUCCUUUCCUGCAUUCAAGAUCUGGCUCUCGACUCUGCAACACUCACUCUUCCUGCAGGGGAGCGCGAAGCAUGAAUUCAAUUCUGCGCCAUAUGCACUUCGGAAAAUUGAAGUACAAGCGGUCGACUUCUUUGGUCGGGGCCGUUUAGGUUUCGUGAAGCUACGAGCUGACGUCUCGAAUGACAGUGGGGAGAAGCUCCCCGGGAGCGUGUUCCUCAGAGGCGGGAGUGUAGGGAUACUGCUUAUCCUCCAACCUGACGACAUUCCACCCGACUCCGACCCCGAGAAACGCGUGAUAUUGACCAUCCAACCCCGCAUUCCCGCUGGAUCGCUUGCCUUCCCAGAAAUCCCCGCCGGUAUGCUCGAUGAUAGCGGGACAUUCUCUGGCGGAGCGGCAAAGGAGAUCCAAGAAGAAACGGGCCUCUCCAUUCAACAAGACGAGCUGCUCGACAUGACCGCCCUCACUCUCGGUCCCACGACUCGAGAACCUACAAUUCCGGAGAAUGAAGUCAAGGAAAAGCUGCAGGUUGGUGUGUACCCAUCACCUGGAGGAAGCGAUGAGUUCAUUCCCCUAUUUUUAUGCCAGAAGCGCAUGAAAAGGGUUGAAAUAGACCAACUGCAGGGCCAGUUGACGGGACUGAGAAAGGAAGGCGAGAAAAUUACGCUGAAAUUGGUACCGCUGGAACAGCUGUGGAAAGAGGGUGCGCGGGACGGCAAGUCGUUGGCUGCUUGGGCCCUCUACAACGGUUUGAAAUCUGAGGGGAAGAUAUAAAAGGUCAGAGGCAUCUCGAAGACUAAUGCAUGCCAAAAGAAGCCUGAUUGGUGUCAUCAUUCUAUCGAAUCUAUCUAUCAUCUAUGAACAGUCGGAUCUGGGGCGUACGUGCGGCACGUGUCCUCCAAGGUAUCUAUCCAACCAAACUCCACUUCUUCGCGAUCUCAAUCCCCUCUGCUAGAGUUCCAACCCUAGCAUCGAUCGCAUAUCCUUCUGCCUCCAGUCGCUGCGUCUCAGCAAACAGUGUUUUGAGUGGUAAGGUGAAACAUUCAAUGAAUUCGUUAUCUUCCAGCUGAGGUUUCGGGUUUUGGUUCUCAGGGAGAGACAUAUCCACACGGACAUGCACCAUGUGGAGGUUUGUAUUGCAAAACCCGGGAUCUGUGAUGUGAAAAAUGUAAGCUCUGCCCCGGUUUCCCGCCCCACGCCAAUCCAAGGAGCCUAUACGGAAUACAUACCAUUCCACAUAACCGGACUAGUUUGCUCAGGAACCCCAACAUAUCCCGUCUCUUCUUUUAACUCUCUGAUCGCACAUUCUUCUGGCGUCUCACCCGCAUCUAUGAGCCCCGCUGGAACUUCAAUGACAAUUUUGUCGAUUGGCGGGCGGUACUGCUUUUGGAGUAAGAGUUCUGGUCCCGAUGGCUUUUCUAAUAUUGCCACAAUGCCUACGCCAUCGAUUAAGCAGUCCUUAGGGCGGGUCUGUCGAUGAACGGUUAGUUUCUAGCUUCAUAUCAAAUACACAUACAAUAGUACAUAUGUACAGGUGUUCAUAUACAA